AUGGCGUCAGCUGGGCACUAUGGACGCUCGGCCAGGGAGAUUGCCAAUGAGAUGCAGAGGCUGCAGGAUGAGCAGGAGGCUGUGCAGAAGCGGACCUUUACAAAAUGGAUCAACUCCCAUUUGGCGAAGAGGGAGCCUCCCCUAGUGGUGAGGGACCUGUUUGAGGACAUUAAGGAUGGAGUGAUGCUACUGGCGCUUCUGGAAGUGCUGUCUGGACAAAAACUGCCCUGUGAGCAAGGCUGCAAGUUACGGCGGAUCCACUGGCUGGCCAACGUGGGAACGGCGCUGCACUUUCUGGAGGGCAGGAGGUCUGUUUACAGAGGAUCUCCGAUUAAACUGGUUAACAUCAACACGACGGACGUCGUGGACGGCAGACCUUCUAUUGUACUGGGGUUGAUAUGGACCAUCAUAUUGUAUUUCCAGAUAGAGGAGCUCACCAGCAGCCUGCCGUCUCAGAGAGGAGAAACUAGCAGCACCUCCUCAGUGGACAGCUCCAACAGCACCGAGGCAGCCAGCCCGCCCGUCAAACGCAAGCCCCGCCUAUCCUUUCAGGGAGGGGCCAAGAAAGCCCUGCUCAAAUGGGUUCAGAGAACAGCUACUAAGUAA